UACUGAAUAUUUAAUUGUUUUGAGGUCCACACAGGUUACCUCCAACGCUGACAGUAAUUGGCCACAGCAGCGCAGGUAAACCUCUGUCGACCAAUCAGCAGCGCAGCAUGCAAAUGAAGCAGGUGUCAGGAGGGAGUGGAGGAAACAGUUCAGAAUAAUACCGAGGAGGCGUCUUCAGCACUUCACCGGGAUGAAGGUUUGAACGAGAAGGUCUGCGGGCUCACUUCAGAGGGAGAUGAGAACUUUCACCUGUCAGGGGAGGAGCCAGGAGGACUGACGGCCAAAAUGUAAAAGUCCAGGGUUUGAAAUGUGAUCAGGAAAGAGGGAGUGUGACAGAGCUGUUCCGGAUGGACCUGGGGCUGGAGUCCAGUUUAUGGGUCGGGAACAAAAGAUACCGGGCGGUGCUGACAGGAUGGCACUUCAGAUGGACCGAGGUGGAUAAGAAGAACCGAGACAAGAAGACAGUUUCAGUACCUGUGGCGGAGGUGGUUGGCGUGGAGGAGGGUCGGGUGGAGAUCCUGCCCCAGAAGUCAGUAGAAGACACAGACAAAGAUUUCACAGUUUUCUACGUGAAGCGUAGCAGCAGUGGGGGUUCCUAUGGGUUGCUAUGGAGACUGGGCCGGAUCCAGUUCAGCUGCGCCAGUCGGGUUCUACGAGACCAGUGGACGAAACACCUGAGGACCGCUCUCAAAACUCACAGUCCGUUGCGUCCACAUAGACUGCUGGUGUUCAUCAACCCUUUUGGAGGGAAGAAGAAAGGAAGACAGAUCUAUCAUUCUCUGGUGGCUCCUCUGUUUGAGCUGGCUGGUAUAAGCUCUCAUGUAAUUGUGACUGAGCGGGCGAACCAGGCCAGAGAUCAUCUCCUGAAGAAAGACCUGACAGGUUUUGAUGGUGUGGUGUGCGUGGGCGGGGAUGGCAUGUUCAGCGAAUUACUUCACGGUUUGAUCGGGCGGACGCAACAAGAGGCCGGCCUUUGUGAGAAUGAUCCCACUGCCGCCCUGCAGCCGUGUCCGCUGCACAUCGGCAUCAUCCCUGCAGGUUCUACAGACUGUGUGUGUUACGCCACUGUGGGAGUGAUCGACCCCGUCACUUCAGCUCUGCACAUUAUCAUCGGAGACUCCCAGCCUCUGGACGUCUGUUCCGUUCGUCAAUCCUCUGCUCGGGUGCGCUACUCGGUGUCUCUGCUGGGCUAUGGCUUCUAUGGAGACGUGCUGGCUGAGAGUGAAAAACAUCGCUGGAUGGGACCUCUGAGAUACGACUAUUCAGGCACAGUGGUGUACCUGAGCAACAGAAGCUACUCGGGCGUAGUGCAGUAUCUACCAGCAGACCCACUGCUCUCCAGCCCCAGAGAUAAAACACGCUGCCUCGCCGGGUGCAGUGUGUGUUCCAGAAGCACAGAAAGACUUUUCCCCCACUCGUCUGAUUCGGGCUCCCUGUACAGCUCCCACUUCAGCCAGUUCAGCCCCGGCUCAGAAGGUCAGUGGGUGAGUGUGGAGGGCAGGUUCAGGUGUAUCUCUCUGACUUGUAUGUCCAGCUCAUGUGCCAGGAGUCCUCUGGGUCUUUCACCUUCUGCUCACCUGGCGGAUGGAACCGGGGACCUCGUCCUCGUGUGGGACACUCACCCUCUGGGCUUCCUCAAGUUCCUCCACAGGCACACGAGCACACAGGACCAGUUCGACCUGCCCUUCGUUGAGGUCCAUCGCGUGAAGGCAGUCCGCUUCUCUGCGCCGUCUGGCAGAGAGGAGCAAGAAUAUGAAGAAAUCGGAGGGCUUAGCGGCGAGACAGAUGAAGGACAGAGAGAAUAUGUGGACACUGUUAGCAGGAACGGAUCUCGGCAGCACCUGGCAGAGAGAGCCGUGACACACGAGCAGAAAACAGCGACUCCCUUCCUGUGUGGUUUGUGCUGCAGAAAGUCUCCCGCUGUGUCGGUGUGGAACUGCGAUGGAGAGAUUCUGCCUUUCACCGACAUCGUCUGCAAGAUACAUGGCCAGUUGGUGCGUCUGUACGCUCGGGGCAUCGAGGACGGAGCAGCCAUACGCAACAGUGAAGAAAGGGACGAGUGUCAAAGGAUAUGCAUCCCAAAUAGUUUUAAAUAAGUGAAGAAUGGUGUCUAUAUGGUGAGGCUAAUGAAUUUAAAAACACUAGCCAGCUGCACAAUCUUUUAUGGCCAAAGCGUUCCUAAUAUUUCAGGUACUUUUAUACAUUUUCUCAUUGUAAUAAUGAACAAAAGCUAUUUAUUCUUAAAUGUCUGUGUGCUCGCUGAACACUUCUCGGUAAAAACAGUUAACAGUUAAAUUUUACUCUCAUCUUUGGUGCAGGUGGUUUUGCACAAAAGAUAUUUCAAGGUCCCAUAUGAUGAAAAUCAAUUUUUAUCGUCGUUCUUUUACGUUUUUGUCGUCAUUAUGAACUUGAAGAUUUAAAAUUGAAGCUGUUGAGAUAUGAAGACAUUUACUUCUGAUAUUCCUCAAGAGGACAGCAGCUGCCUUAAAACCAGAUGUUUUACAGCUGAAAAACACUCUGCGGGGACGUGUGAGAGUUUGAUUAAAGGGGACACAAUAUGGGAUGUUUAACAUGGUACUGUGUACAGUGCGUGUGCAGUUUUUAUUCUGUAAAUUUUAUUUAUGUCCACUUGAGUUUCCAGAGAAUAAAGUCAUGGAAAAAACCAACAGAAGUUGUAAGACAGAAAACCUCUUUAUACAAUAAAAGGGAUUACCCUUU